UCACCUACCCAGAGCAAUGAAUGUCUAAUCAUGUGACUCUUGGUACAUAGGGGACAUCAAAAUCAAAGCCAUGUCUCCUGGUGUUAACAUUUUUAUUUUAUGCUGUAGCCAGCUAGGUUGUUCAACUGCUUGAAAAAAGCGAUACCACUAAAACGUGAUAUUCUGCUCAUACCAAUUUAUGAGAAUGGUUGUCCUGUUCUGUUGUCCUGUCAUGUCCUGUUUUUUUAUUGUAAUGCUCUCUCAUGAGCUUUUAAGCUGACUAGCACUGUGUUAGCAUCAUGGCCCAGAAUCUGACCAUGUGAAAAGCAACUUAUUAAGCAGAAUUGAAGAUUAUAUGCACCUUAUAUAUGUUGCAUUUAUAAUCAACACACUGUAGCACUUCUGUAGUCUAAACCAGACCAAGGAUAUUUUAAGACAUCUGUGUAGCUGACCCUCAACUUGCUCUAUUCUUAGCUGAAGGUCUAGAGAGUGAAAAUCCCUUCACAAUGUUAGUCCAGAUUUAUUAGUGCAAUGUCAGUUGCAGUUGUAUUAAUUAACUAAUGUUUAGGCAUUAACGGUACAUUAAAGAAUAGCUGUAAAAUAAUGUCAUCGAGAAUAAAGGUGGACUACCUGCUGAACUCAGAAAUUGUACAGACAUUGAAAGGUGCCCAGGACAAGAAGGACUUCAAAUGUGUGGAAUGCCUCCUCAAAGAUCUGACCAAAGAAAACCCAGAUGCUGUUAUUGAGUUGUCAAAUGACGACUGGCUGAAAGACCCCAGUGUUCAGCUUCCACCAGCUGUAUUGUUGGGCCUCUGGUCUUUGGAAUACAAGCAGGAGCUGACAAGUCCACUGUGCAUUGCUGCAGCACAGGGUUUUAGUGAUUGCUUACUGUACCUGCUUGAGCAUGGAGCACAUCCGAAUCUCAGUGCAGGAGGAAAGGUGGCGCUUCAUGAGGCAUGCAGCAACGGCAACACUGAAUGUGCAGAGCUACUUCUAGAGCAUGGAGCCGAUCCCAAUCAGCUGACAGAGGAUGGUCAGGCACCUUUACAUUUAUGCAAGACACCCCAAUCACUCCGCUGUGCCAAGGCCUUGGUGCGUCAUGGUGCCAAUGUUGACCUUCCUACUGAGGAAGAAGAGGACACUCCAUUACUUAUUGCUGCAAGGCAUGGCCUGUCACGCCAUGCCCAGCUGUUCCUGCGAUAUGGAGCAAACGUCAACCACACCAGCAGCUCAGGAGAAACGCCAUUAGGUGCUGCAUGUUUGGAAGCUCAGCAAAAGCUGGGAGAAGAUCAGAAUGAGGGACACCUUCAGGUCUGCAGUAUUCUCUUGAGUUAUAGAGCUAACGUGAAUCUAGCUGACAAUGAAAAACGCACCCCUCUUCAUAAGGCAGCCCGCAAUGUCCAGAUUAGCUUGGUGCAGCUUCUUCUGGAUCAUGGGGCAGAUAUCAAUGCUAUUGAUUAUAAUGGAUGUUCACCGCUGUCGAACGUGCUACAAAAUGCUAUAUUACGUCAGGAAUGGCAGCCAGACAUUGUGGUUCAGACCCUAUUAAACCACGGAUCCAUUAAAGUCUGGCCACAGGCAUUGCUCAAGGUAUUGACAGCCUGUGCAGCUGCUCCAAAAACUGUGGAGAUUCUGUUCAACUCCUACACUCUUGUUCCUGUAACAUAUAAGUGGGUUGAAGCUAUACCUGAAGACAUUUUUAAGCUUCACAGGUCAUUUUAUGACUCUCUUUUUGCUCUGGAAAAUAAACCACGCUCCCUGCAGCACAUGUGCAGAUCUGCACUAAGAAAAGUCUUCGGGAAAUACUGUUACUUAUUUAUCCCCCAGCUUCCUGUCCCAAAGAUAUUACAAGACUAUCUCCUUCUGAAACCUGAAGGCUACAUUAACUAGAAGAGUAAAGGUUAACAUUUUACACACACCAAAAAAAAAAAUCACUGAUACUGAAAUUUGAAAAAAAUUUGAAAAAGCACUUUUGUAUGUCACUCUUGUUAAGGGCAUCUGCCAAAUGCUAAUGUUAACUUUAAUCCACAAACUAAGAAUCUAUGAUUGGUAUGAUUAUUUCUCUUUUUUGACUAUGUUUACAUAAUAGAAAGUUUGGUUCUUUAGUGGAUGUAUGGUGUUAAUGUUUAAGCUGUGCUGGAGUGUCUUUUGAGAGCCACAUAUUGUUCACCGUUAGACAGGUUUGCUGAAACCUUUUGGGAUUUUCCUGUAACGCAUGUCAUUUGUAAACAGCAUUAUGCGAUUCUUCGCAAAAAAAAAACCCAGCAUCUAUGUUUGUGUGUGUGUGUGUGUGUGUGUGUGUGUGUGUGUUUCUGUUUGUUUGUGUGUAGAACAUUGCACUUUGUUCACAUCUAAGUACUACAGUCAGAAAUUGUACACUUACAAAAAAAAAAACAGAUUUGUU